CCCGUAGAGCGGGAGCCCGGAGGUGGCGGCAGGGCCCAGGGGAGCCGUUGUCACCGGUGGCCGCGGGGCAGCGAGCCCGCCCGUGAGCGGGCGCCUCUGAGGUAAAGAUUAACGCGGAGCACGCCCAGCGACCCUUGAUUCCCCCUUCUUCGGUGUUGUGCGUGCCUCCCCGGCAUGCUGCGUGUGAGAGCUCCGGGAGCUGCUGAAGGGCUCCGGGGUGAACCGGCGGCAGCGCAUGCCUGCGGGGGAUACCCCUCCGGAGAAUGCUGGUGUAAUGAGAACCGACAAGAGGUAAGAGCGAAACCUCUCUCCUCGGCUGACCCGCCCGGGCGCACCGCGGGCAUAAACCACCGGGCUGGCCCAUCCCCGACCCCAGGCUCAGCCUCAGAACCGACGCAUCGGCCCAAACCGCAGAAACAGCCCGAUCCCGCCUCAUCCCGCCUCAUCCCGCCUCAUCCCGCCUCAUCCCGCCUCAUCCCGCCUCCUUCCGCGCCCCGCCGGACGGGCAGGCUACACGACACUGUUGGGAAGGAGCGGGAGGCGCGGUUUACGGUUCUGCCGUAAAGCAGCUCGGCCGAGG